AUGGCUGCAGACGAAGUGACGACCAAAUGGAUAAAUUCCAAGUUUGGUGAUGUUGAUGAUGAAACCGUCAAGAGGCUUCUUUCGGUAAAGGAUAUUUUCAAUUACACGAAAGACGACUUGUACAUUCAAUGGGAAGCCUUUGUGGUGACCCAGGAAGAUGGUGAAUUGGAUGUGACAGCAGAUAACGUGGAAAGAUUUCAAGAGUGGGCUCAGAAGUCUCUCAACAAUGACUCAACAAAGAAGAACCCGACGAUCAAGAAGAGUGCUGACGCAAGAAGGAAACCUGCUAUGCGUACUGCUGUUGAGUUAUCAUCAAGUCCAGGCGCUGGCUUUGGAAUGCCUUCGACUCCACGCUUCAAGAAACAAAAGAUGGAACCUCAAAGUGACAAAACCUUGGCUUCAAGUCCUUCGCAUUUCACCACUGCUGAUAAUACCAUGAUAUCACUGAGUUCCAAGAAACCAGAGGCUGAUCCACAAUACGAGCCAAACACUGUUUUGGAAUGUUUGAACCCAGCAGUGGAAGCAGCACAGCUGAAUGAAAAUCCACCACGACUCUCCGCUAACUUUGAUCCAGAGAAAUUCAAGUUCAGAACAAUGGCCAUGAAGCUUUUGGAAAGUGCUGAUGUCUUGGACGACCAGAUCGAUUUGUUCAGUCUGAAGUUCUCCGAAGAGCUCAAAGAUAAGGGCAUUGAGCUUGGAAAUCCUUGCAUGAACUCCCAGUUUGACAUUGCAUGCUGUGGUAGAAUUGUGCCAGACUCUCCUUUCUACGACAGUAUGAUAACGCAAACCCUUAAUGACAAGUCUUUGUUCUUGGAAACCUCCAGACUCGGUGGUAUCGGACAAAGAAUCCUGUUGGACUUAUCUAAUUUGCAAGAGUACUCAUUCUUUCCAGGACAAAUCGUUGGGUUGAAAGGCAGAAACCCAACUGGUCGUGCAUUUGUGGUUCACGAGGUCUUGUCUUUGCCAGAACUUGGUACCCCUGUCACCCACGUUGCUGAGCUACAAGACAUUAAGGAAGCGAGUAGCGGAGAGAGCUUAAAGGUCGUCAUGGCUGCCGGUCCAUUCUCUAACCAUCAUAACCUCAACUUCAGCAAGCUCGAUAAAUUCGUACAGCAAUUAAAUGAUGUCGUUAAGCCACAUGUUGCAGUCAUCUUUGGGCCACUUCUAGAUGUCACUAAUGCUGCAGUAGCUGAUGGCGAGGUCGAGGUACCUGGCGUGCCAGCCAACCAACAGCCAAGGGAUCUUGAUGAAUUACUUCGAACCGUCGUUACUCCAAUUCUCAAGAAAAUCGAUUCAAACAUCCAAGUCAUUUUAGUGCCUUCGUUACGCGACGCUGCCUCUAAACAUGCCUCAUAUCCACAGUCUGCAUUUGAUAGAAAGAAACUUGGGCUUCCGAAGAAUUUCAAGUGUUUCCCUAACCCAUCCACUUUCUCGAUCAAUGAAGUUGUGAUUGGUGCUUCUAACGCUGAUAUUUUCAAAGACCUUAAGGAUAUUUACAAGAGCAACGUUUCGCCAGAAAAGAGUCUGUUGUUCUCUAAUAGGUUUGAGAGAAUUGCAAAUCAUGUCUUCCAACAAAGACGCUUCUACCCGAUUUUUCCUGGCUCAGUGAGAAGACAGCCAUUGACAAAGGAAGAGUCUGAAAAGGCCGUGGGUUUGCUUGACGGUAACGCUGCAGAGGAUCUU